AUGGGCAUUUGGGAUUCCAUUCUCCCCGGCGGCGGCCGGCGCUUCAUCAAGCGCAAGGACAGCGACGCCGGCGAGGCAGGUCGGGCACUAGAGGAACUGAGGGGCUCACUGUACAAUGACUUUCAUACUUCAGAAGGGGCCAAGCGCCAGCAGCAGAGACUUUGUGGCCCUAUUGUUGCACUGACAUUCAACUUUGUGGUCGCUGUUGGGAUCAUCAUGGCAAACAAAAUGGUGAUGGGCACUGUUGGAUUUAACUUCCCAGUCGCAUUGUCAUUAAUCCAUUACCUUUUCGCUUUGGCUUUAAUGGCUGUUCUCAAGGCAUUAUACUUGCUGCCAAUUGCUCCUCCUUCCAAAUCCACUCCUUUCUCCUCAUUAUUCGCUUUAGGUGCUGUCAUGUCUUUCUCCACUGGGCUUGCCAAUAUCAGCUUAAAGCAUAACAGUGUAGGUUUUUAUCAGAUGGCUAAGAUAGCUGUAACUCCAACCAUAGUAGUGGCAGAAUUUAUUCUUUUCAAGAAAAAGGUUUCCCUUCGAAAGGUUAUCAUGCUGGUUGUUGUCUCAUUUGGUGUGGCCAUUGCAACUGUUACUGAUUUGGAGUUCAAUGUUUUUGGUGCUUGUGUAGCACUAGCUUGGAUUAUUCCUAGUGCUGUAAACAAAAUCCUGUGGUCAAAUUUACAACAAAGUGGAAACUGGACAGCUCUUGCGUUAAUGUGGAAGACAACGCCAAUUACCAUAUUUUUCUUUAUUGUUUUGAUGCCAUUGUUGGAUCCUCCAGGCCUUUUAUCUUUCAAUUGGGAUUUCAAGAACAGCAGCGCAAUUAUCAUAUCUGCUUUGUUCGGUUUCCUUCUUCAGUGGUCUGGUGCUUUGGCACUUGGGGCAACCUCGGCUCUCGCUCAUGUUGUGCUAGGUCAGUUCAAGACGAUUGUUAUAAUGCUCUCUGGUUAUCUGGUAUUUAAAUCUGAUCCUGGAUUCACCAGCCUCUGUGGAGCUGUCAUUGCCCUCGCAGGGAUGUCAGUGUAUACUUACCUAGGGAUGAAAGAGUCAGCCACCAGCGGUAGGAGAAAUUCCUUAAAUUCAAGGCAAAAUUCUCAUUUGAUGAAGUCCAAGGUUAUUGUAGAUGGAGAAAAGCCAGAAACAAGGCCCAUGGAUUCUGUGUAA